CGCCACUGCUGCUGCACCAUCGAGAGAUCGACGAGAUCUCAGAUGCACCACCAUCACGCACUUGCGCAUUAUCUGUACGUAUACCUUUUCAGUACGUGUAUAUGUGCAAUAAUGCGUACUUUUGAUGCAAAGAAAAGGAGGACUCGAUGUGUUAAUUAUGAUAUUUAAUAAAAGAAAAUUAUGUAAAAGUAUCUACUAGAGAUAUAUAAGACACAUCUGAUCAUGCUGAAGUAUAAUGAAGACUUGAGUCUUGAACAACUACCCUUGGAUGUCUACGAAGGCAUAGUUAGUUUGUUGAACAAAGACAACUCUUGGAAAACUCUAGCGCAAUAUGUAGCAGAAAAACUUGACUUUACGAGUUUUUGGAUAAAUAAUUUGGAAAACAAAAAUACGCAAAAUGAUUCCCCGGCUAGUAAAUUAUUAGUAGAAUUGAACAUCAGACUGUGCACAGUUGGCAUUCUUUCUACGUUACUGGAAAAUUGUAAUCUAAACAACGUCCUGUCAAUAAUACAUACUACAGAACUUCUUAAAAUCGUGACAGAUGUCGAUGAUAGUACAAAUAAUUUAAUCGUUUCUCUGGGCCACAAGCUUUCACUCACGUGCAAGGCACAAGGCUUACCACCCCCUGUUUAUCAGUGGUAUCAUGAAAAUGUUACGUUGGAAGGAGAAACCUCCGACGAACUAAACAUUCCCAUUCACUCCGUGAGUCAAAGAGGUCUGUAUCAGUGUCGAGUUUGCCAAAUCGAUCAUAAAGGAGAGCAGAUAGACGAAAAAUGUUCGCGACCCGUUUUCGUCGACAUAGGGCCGACUCCGGUCAGAAUAGAAAAAGAGCCGCAACCUUACAAAAAUGUGAAAGAAGGCGAUUGUCUGGUUUUAGAUUGCGAAGCCGAUUGCUAUCCGCCCCCGCAAUACCAAUGGUACAGAGAUAACGUCAGAUUAGAUAAUCAAACUUCGAAAGUUUUGAGGAUAGAACAAUUUAGUACGAAACAAGAGGGGAAAUAUCACUGUCACAUAAUCAAUCCUAUCAGCGAAAAGUGUACUCAGCGUAGCACCGUUUUGAUGGAGUUGCCAAAACAAAAGGCCGUCGCAAAAAUAGCACUGCUCAUUGCAAACGAAAAUUACGACAAUCAGGAAACUUUGAGAACUCCAAGAAACGAUGUUGCCAAGGUGGCAAAAAUUUUAAACCGUCUGGGCUUUCGCACCAUAUGCCUCGCGGACUUGACGCUAGUCCAAAUGAAUAAUGCCAUCAAAAUAUUCUGUGAUUUCCUGGUCGAAGGGACAUACGGGCUGUUUUAUUUCGCUGGUCAUGGAUUCAAAAUGCAAGAGAAUUACAUGCUUUCCAUCGAUGCUCCAACAGAUUACCUGAGAAAAGACGCUAUUUGCGAAAGUCAGCUGUUAUCAAUGGGUCUUCGGGACGAUCCCUCCUUGUUCGUUGUUAUUUUGGACAUGUGUCAAACGAUACCUUUAAAGGAAUGCAAUCCAAAGAUUUACGAGGAGGUACCGCCUAUCCAUGAAUAUAAGGGUAGAAAAAAUUUGAGGAACCUACUGCAAGCUUAUUCCACGUCCAGCUAUCGUCCCUGCUACGAGCGUAUGGGUAAAAAUUAUGGUUUUUACGCAGCACAUUUAUGCAAAUAUCUCGAGGAAAGUAUACCGGUUACCAAAGUGUUUGAACAAGUAGGAAAAUCUAUCGAUACGUGGCUAAAGGGCGCGGAACGAAAACAGAUUCCUAUGUUUGCAACCACAGUGACAAAACCGUAUCGUCUAACUGACGAAAUUUUUCAAGAUAACGUUCCAGAAAAAAUAAAAUGUUUGGAGAAAAUAACGUCCUUUCCCAAAAUAACUAUGGACAUUCAUUUUCAACAAACUGGUAUUAACUGCAAAGCAACGAUUUCGCAGUAUUUAAAGCCAUACUUGAAUUUAGUUCAAGUUUCAUUGGUUGACUUGAGCGAAAAGUGGGAGAUAAAUUUUUUUAAUUCUGUCCACGCAAAACGAAAUAAUUUGUUUCAAUGCAGUACUAAAAAUAAAUGCUGGAUUCUCAAUCCUCAAAAUAACAAUGGGCCACUGGUGAUAUCUCUACUGGAUAAUGGUGUUUACAUAGGUGCUACGUUGUUAGAAGUAAACAAAUUAGUGCCACGUCUCUUGAGCAAACUGAAUCAAUAACAUUGUUGAAAUAAUUUAUGGUAGCAUUGAUAAUUUUAUAUUUGAUAAUACAACGUAAGCUAAAUUAUGAAAUAAAACAACUUUUCAGUAAGUGCAUUUAAGUAUA